UUUCUCGUGUUUUCCACUUUUCCCCUUUCUUAUAAUCUAAUGAUUCUUAUCCCCUUUUUUUUACGGUUUACCGUGUUAAUUAUGGGUUUGACAGUUGCUGCUGUAUAUGUUGGGCGCUCUUCUACGUUUAUCAUUAUUGUUGUUCUAGUGAUAGCGUUAAUGGCUUUCUGUUGAUAACUGGGUGUACAUUGUUUUCUACAAGGAAAGACGACGACGGAGUCGGACUGACAAAAAGACCAGAUAAAAAGUAAUUCACUGCCCUAUUCUCAGCAUCCGCGUGUGUGGCUGUUGGUGGUCCGAUGGGCGUCGCCGAGUCCCGCCUGCUGCGUCUGGUGGCCUGGCGCACGAUGGGUGCCCCUCCCGGACUGAAGCCGCUGCCCCCUGUCAGCCGCCUCAACGGUAGCAUUCUGCGCAUCCUUGGCUGCAAUCCCGGUCCGAUGACGCUGCAGGGCACCAACACGUAUCUCCUGGGCAGCGGGCCACAGCGCCUGCUGAUUGACACCGGAGAGAACAACAACGCGGCGUAUUUACAGCAGCUGCGCUCGGUGCUGGCCGAGGAGAAGGCGCGCAUCGCCCAGAUCGUCCUGACACACUGGCACCACGACCACAGGGGUUUGCCGGGACUGCUGCGCUCCGACUGUGUUGUGGAGCGGCCGCGUGUUAUGAAGCUGAAACGCAGCGGCAAGGAGGAAGUGCCCAAGGGCGUCCAGUACGAGUUUGUCAGCGACGGGGAUGUUGUCUCCGUGGAUGGGCAGAAUUUAAGAAUAAUCUACACUCCGGGCCACACGGACGACCACAUCAGUCUGCUGCUAGAGGAGGAUCGCGCCCUUUUCAGCGGCGAUUGCAUCCUGGGCGAAGGCACCGCUGUGUUUGAGAAUUUGUCGACGUAUUUGGCGUCCUUGGCGCAGCUGCAGGCGCUGCAGCCGGCGGUCAUCUAUCCAGCGCACGGCUCUGUGAUCGAGAAUCCCCUUCCGGUAAUAGAGCAGUACAUCCAGCACCGGAUGCAGCGUGAGCAACAGAUUUUGCAGCAACUACAGAACGCCUUCCCGGAGCCCCUCACGAUCGACGCCCUCGUCACCAGCAUAUAUCCGACGUUGAAUAUGGUUCUGCGGCGAGGUGCCGCCAAUAACGUCAAACACCAGCUUGAAAAAUUGAUAACCGACGGCAAAGUUGAGCAAAAAGGCAACGGUUUCCGCCUGCUGGCAAGUUGCGACGAUAGUUCCUCAAAGAAUUCUCCAUACGCAGUCAAAGCUGCACUGUGACGUGACGCAGUUGUUGAAUUUAAGCCGUCUUAACUGAAGCACAGAAAACGCACUGCUGCUGUGAUUUUCUCAAAUUUUUCCCUGUGUCGUCUCGUUGUUUGAUGCACACUAAUAAUUAUAAUCGUGGAAUAUUUAAUUACAGUCUUUCUAAACUUAUUUCUAAGUGCUAAAUAAUUUCUCAACGUGGACUACCGAUUUCAAAAUAAAAAUCACUACUCGUAGUAAAACUGC